AUGGAGGGCGACGUGGAGAUGGCGGCAGCGGAGGCGGGAGCCGAGGGAGGAGCUGCCGUUGAGCUGGACGAUAUGAAGAAGAGGCUGAAGGAGAUGGAGGACGAGGCCGCCGCUCUCCGAGAAAUGCAGGCGAAAGUCGAGCAGGAGAUGGGCUCCGUUCAAGGAGAUCCUGCUUCUGCAUCUAAUCAGGCAAAUAGGGAAGAAGUGGAUUCCCGAUCAGUUUUUGUCGGCAAUGUGGAUUAUGCAUGCACACCGGAGGAAGUUCAACAGCAUUUCCAGUCCUGUGGGACCGUGAAUAGGGUAACUAUACGAACCAACAAAUAUGGACAGCCCAAGGGAUAUGCAUAUGUUGAAUUUCUUGAAACAGAAGCUGUCGAGCAGGCUCUUCUUCUUAAUGAGUCUGAACUUCACGGACGGCAGUUGAAAGUAUCAGCCAAGAGGACCAAUGUCCCUGGCAUGAAGCAGUUCCGUCCUAGACGUCCUAAUCCCUACUUGGGAAGUAGGCCCCGGGGCCCAUACAUUCCCGCUCCUUACAUUAUUUCGCCUUAUGGAUAUGGAAAGGUCCCAAGGUUCAGGGUACCUAUGAGAUACAGCCCUUACUUCUGA